AAUCUCAUACAUCAACAUGCCCUAUAUGCAUCCAUAGUGUCCUCGGGAUCGUAGAAUAUAAACCCAUGGCAAACCAGACUAAAGGCGCAGCCUCCAAGACGAGCAAGUUUGUGGAGGAAAGACUGCCGUUCCAGGCCACGACCUACUCCAGACCUAAUGUGGUGUUUGAAAAGGCCAAAGGCUGCUACAUGUGGGAUAUGGAAGGCAGACAGUACGUCGACUUUACCGCGGGGAUCGCGGUCACCGGAUUGGGUCAUUGCAACGAGGAGAUUGCUGAAAUCAUCUACGACCAAGCAAAGACGCUUGUUCACGCCUCCAACUUGUACCACAAUAUGUGGACCGGGGAGUUGUCCAAGAAUUUGGUCGAAAAGACCAAGCUUUCUGGCGGGAUGCAGAACGCCUCGAGAGUCUUCCUCGCCAAUUCCGGGACAGAAGCCAAUGAAGCGGCGUUGAAGUUUGCCAGAAAGCACGGAAAGUUGAUCAGCGACGAUAAGAUCGAGUUUAUCACCUUUGAAACCUCGUUUCAUGGUAGAACCAUGGGCGCGUUGUCUGUGACCCCCAACCCAAAGUACCAGGCCCCGUUCGCGCCCCUUAUUCCGGGCGUCAGAGUGGCCAAGCCCAACGAUAUCGAGUCUGUGAAGGCGUUGAUUUCUGACAAGACCUGUGGGAUCAUCAUCGAGCCGAUUCAGGGUGAGGGCGGCGUGAUACCGAUCGAUGCGGAGUUUUUGGUUGCAUUGAGCAAGCUUGCAAAGCACCACAAGGCACUUGUGAUCUAUGACGAGAUCCAGUGUGGGUUAGGCAGAUCUGGGUCCCUCUGGGCCCACGGGAAGUUGCCAAAGGAGGCACACCCAGACAUCUUAACCAUGGCCAAGGCUUUGGGCAAUGGGUUCCCAAUUGGUGCCACUAUGAUUACCGAAGAAGUUGAAAACGCCUUGCAGGUGGGCGACCACGGUACCACCUACGGGGGCAAUCCCUUGGGGUCCAGAAUCGGUAACUACGUAUUAUCCCAGGUUUCUGAUGAAACAUUCUUGGCUGCCGUUAAUGCUAAAUCUGCCUUGUUUAAGCAGAGAUUGAAUGCCUUGAAGCAGGAGUUCCCACAGAUCAAGGACGUCAGAGGCGAUGGGUUGCUCUUGGGGGUUGAGUUCGCCCAUGAUCCUACCCCAAUCGUGGUUGCUGCAAGGGAAAGAGGGUUGAUUGUGAUUACUGCUGGUGGUAAUGUUGUCAGAUUUGUCCCGGCUUUGAAUAUCGAGGAUAAAGUCAUCGAACAAGGCUUGGAGCUCUUUGCCGAGGCCGUUAAAGCGGUCUAUGCCUAAGUGGAUAAAAGAUGUACAGUAGAAAUAGACGGAAAGUAAAGAGUAGAAACAAGAAAGAACUAUUUAGCAGUGCUUUUACGGGACCAUAUCAGAUUUACAUGAUUUUUCUACAUGAGCCGAAAGGGCUUAAUCGGAAAUGGGUCUUGGAACCGUAGUUUUGAUUACCGAAGAACGUGUAAGCAUCAGUCCUGCGUCAAUAGCUAC